CAGCUCUCUCUCUCUCUCUCUCUCUCUCUCUCUCUCUCUCUCUCUCUCUCUCACUCUCUCUCUCGCUGCGUCUGUCGCGGGGGUGUGUGUGUCUCGUUUGCGAGUGCGCCUGGAGCUUGGCCGUGAGGAGACUGAAGCGAAUCGGCUAGCCACGGUUGGAGUUGUGGUUGGCUGGUCCAGCGAGUGGGGAGAUUAGGGUUGGACGAAGCAGGCACCGCCAUCAACCACCAGGCAGCAUGGCUGCUCGGAUAGCCACCCUGCGCCCGAUGGUUGGGUCGAUCCUGUCGGAGACAGCGCAUACCUGUCGUCUGGUGCCAACGCAGCGCGCCUGGGCCGGUUUUGCGCCCGCCUUGCAUCACGCCAGUCUGCGCACCAUGACGCUGUGGCACGAACCUCACCGCCUGACACGAUUCGCUGCGACCAGCCCAGCAGCCUCAUGGGUUCGCCACCUCACGCCUGCUGCCAGCCUCAGUGCCCCUCAAACCACUUUCAGUGGCCAUGCGUCGGCAACCGAUAACAAGGGCACGCCCACCAACACUCGAGCCGCCGGUUCAUCCGCAGGGGCCAAUGGCAACGACGACGCCGCCAACUCCUCCACCUCUGCUUCCUCGAAGCGGGCUGUUCCCAAGGACCGUGAGCCUCUCGCCGGCACCGCCCCGGCAGGCGGCACGGAGAAUCAUGAAAAGCCCAGGACGAUGACCGAGCUCUUCCGCAAGUAUGGCAAGGUGGCCGCAGGUGUCUACUUUAUCAUGGGCACGAUUGACAUCAGCAUUUACUACGUUGCCAUUCAAGCGGGUGUCGAUGUGGAGCCCUUGCUGCACACCGUUUUCUCCAUGGCAGGCCUCAACUACCAGGAAUACCUGACUCCCAACAUGGGGGCUCUCGUGGGUGCUUACACCAUUCAUAAGCUCGUGACGCCUGUGCGCUUGGCGUUGACGGCAAGCAUCACUCCGCGCACGGCCCGCUAUCUCGCAGACCGCUACCCCUCAAUCUUUGGUUGAGUCGCAUCCCACUCGACCGCCCAGCUACCCUGUCAUCCUAUCACAGGCGUCGCCCUUGGAGCACACGUGGGUUAGACACCGAAAAUGCUUCCAAUUCCCGUUACUGGCCAACCCCAUUGAGCAUGAAAGCGCCCAAUACCUACCCCGUGCUCCUUCCUGCCUUCCCUGUGUGUAUCGCUUGUUGCGGGCUUCCCAUGCACAUUGAAUGUGAUGUUGUUUCGGCAACUGGUGCUUUGAGCAUGCCUGAGUUAGAGAAGCGUAAAUCGAUCCAAUUAUCCCG